AUGUCUGAGGCAGCCCAGCCAGGAAUUGCUGAGGACGUUGGUGUUGUUUGCUCAGGAUCUAUCCCUGCAGGGAGCCGGCAGAUCAGACUGGUGAAUGGGGCAGGUCGCUGUGCCGGAAGAGUGGAGAUUUAUUACAAUGGCAGCUGGGGGACAGUCUGUGAUGAUUACUGGGAUCUGUCAGACUCCAAUGUCAUUUGCAAACAACUGGGAUGUGGACAUGCCAUCAAUGCAACUGUCUCUGCUCAUUAUGGGCAAGGAUCCGGGCAGAUCUGGCUGGAUGAUGUGAACUGCUCUGGGAAUGAAUCCAAUCUCUGGGACUGUCCUUCCGGGAGCUGGGGCCAGCACAACUGCAGACACAAAGAGGACGCGGGAGUUCUCUGCUCAGAAUUCACAGAUCUGAGGCUGGUGAGCGACAGUGACUGUGCAGGGCGGCUGGAAGUUUUCUACAAUGGGACGUGGGGCAGUGUUUGCUCCAAUCAGAUGUCUGGAGUCACUGCAGCAAUUGUAUGCAAACAGCUGAACUGUGAAGACGGAGGAUCUAUUUCAGGAGGAUCUGAAUAUGGAAAGGGUCCCACAUGGCUGGACCACAUUGCAUGCAGUGAGCAGCACAGCUCCCUCUGGCAGUGCCCAUCAGACCAUUGGAAUCCAAAGUCAUGUGAUAACCGAGCAGAAGAGACCCAUAUUUCUUGCACUGGAAAAAAAGCAAAACCAACUCAGAACCCUGAAUGCCCGAACUCUACGAGCUGCACAGACAGGGAGAAGUUACGCAUCGUGAGAGGAAAGGACAGAUGCUCGGGGAGAGUGGAGGUUUGGUACCGUGGCUCCUGGGGAACAGUUUGUGAUGAUUCCUGGGACAUGGCGGAUGCUACCGUUGUGUGUAAACAACUGGGCUGUGGAUCUGCUGUAUCUGCCCUGGGCGAGGCUGCAUUCGGUGAGGGGACUGGUCCCAUCUGGGUGGAGAAGGUGAACUGCAGAGGGACAGAGUCAUCUCUCUGGGACUGUCCUGCCAAGCCCUGGGGUGAGAGCAACUGUGAUCAUAAGGAAGAUGCUGCCGUGAAUUGUUCAGGUGUGACAGAGAGGACAGAUUCUCCAAAUACCCCAGCUCCUCCGCGCCGCCCUUCGACCGACAGUGGGAGAGUCACGGUGCCUGUGGUCAUCUGCAUUAUCCUGGGGGCCCUGCUCUGCCUGGUCUUAAUCAUCCUCGGGGUGCAGGUGCGAAGUGCUAGGGCACAGCGCAGAGGUUCCAGAAGGCCCUUGGAUCCCUUCUCUGAGGCCGUGUACGAGGAGAUUGAUUAUAACCUGAUGAGAGAGAAGCAGGAGAUGUUCAGUCGCUCAGUCUCCUAUUCAGAUGACUCUGUGAUGAAGCUGCAGUAUUACACCGGGGACAGCGAGGGGGAAAACGAUCCUGGAUCAGAACAAGAGGGAGCUUCCCUGGGGGAGUCUCAGCUGGAUUAUGAUAAUGUGGAGGAGCCUGCCUUGAACGACGUCCCCCAGACUCGAGACGGCCGAGAUGCCCCUGCCCUGCCUGGAGAUGUCCCAGGGGAUGGUUAUGAUGAUGCCAGAGAAAUGUCUGACCCUGAAGAUGACCCUAGUUUGGGGCAGAAUGAUGAGGAAGGCCCUGGGGUGAGUGACAGGAACAGGGAUUCACAGACAGGCUGGAGUCUGCACUCGCUAAGGAAUGAAGGUGUCUCUGUGACAGAGAAAGAAACCCUGUUCCUGCCUCCUGGAGACCCAAGUUAUGAUGACGUGGGACAUGGUGACUCUGGGGGAUCAGUAUCAGAACAAUGUGAUUGGACCAAAUAACCUUGGGAUGAUGUAAAAGCUUUGCCUCUUUCUCUGAGAAAUGCUCCCUCUGGCAUGAUGCCCAAAGACAGUUCUUGCCUGGUAGAUAGACAAAGCAGGGGUUUCUAUAGAAUUUGUGUGAAGAUGCAGGAAAUUCAAAUGCGAGUGGGAAAAGGUUCACAAAUUUCCUCUGUGUAACUUCCCAUUGAUUGGCCAGGAUGGAAGUUUCCUGCUUUUUUAUCCCUGUAAUUUCUUCAGGUUCAAUUUGUGCC